AGGAUAAAAUGUGCAUAAGUGAUGCUUUCGCAGCUUUGGCGCACGAAUCCCGAAAGAAGAGGGACUUUAACUUUCUCUGUCACACUGACGCACGACGGAGCAAAAGCGCACCUUUUGGGUUCGCGCGUCAUACUGCAGCUGUAUCGACAGUCGCCAGCCUGAGCUCUGCAGCUGACUUUGAAGACGGAUUUUCUUUUCUUUUUUUUAUCAAAAACUUUUUUUUUAAAUUUCUUCCUGGAGCAGACGAUUCCUCUGUCAGAGAUCCGAACAGGCGGGCUCGGUUCCAAUUCAUUAAAGUCAUCCCGAGGUCGAGGGAUGAAUAGGGGCGCGCCACUGCUCCUGCUGCUCCAGACGGCAGCCUGCAUGGUGAUGCUUCCCAACUCCACGGGCUGGCAGCAGAUGCUGGACAAGUAUCUGGACGAGGACGGGGACUGGUGGGAGGCCAAGCAGAGGGGGAAGAGGGCCAUCACCGACAGCGACGCUCAGCUCAUCCUGGACCUUCACAACAAGCUCAGAGGCCAGGUGUACCCUCCUUCGUCCAACAUGGAGUACAUGACGUGGGACACGGAGUUGGAGCGCACGGCAGAGGAGUGGGCCGAGACCUGUCUGUGGGAGCACGGCCCCGCCGGAUUACUGCCGCAGAUUGGACAGAACCUGGGAGUGCACUGGGGGAGGUAUCGCCCACCCACCUCCCACGUGCAGGCCUGGUACGAUGAAGUGAAAGACUACUCCUUCCCGUACCCUCAGGAGUGUAACCCCCACUGCCCCUUCAGAUGCUCCGGCCCGAUCUGUACUCACUACACACAGCUUGUCUGGGCCACCAGCAGUCGGAUUGGCUGCGCCAUCAACACGUGCUACAACAUGAACGUGUGGGGACAGAUUUGGGCCAAAGCCGUCUAUCUCGUCUGCAACUACUCACCGAAGGGAAACUGGUGGGGCCAUGUGCCGUACAAACAUGGAACCCCGUGCUCCGCCUGCCCCCCCAGCUAUGGAGGCGGCUGCAAGGACAAUCUCUGCUACAAAGAUGACAGUUCCUAUCCUCCACAAGAGGAAACUGAAGAAAACAACUUCAUCGAGCGGGAGGCCCCCCGCACUCCGCAGAAGCCCCGGCCGCGGGCCUCCAAACCCGAGCCUCCCGGCCUCCCUGCCCCGGCUCCCACCGAGCCCCCCACAGAGGACCUGCAGAAGAAUGAGGUGGUCAACGCACAGCAGAUGUCUCAGCUUGUGAGCUGUGACACUAAGCUUCGGGAUCAGUGCAAAGGAACGACGUGCAAUAGAUAUGAGUGUCCUGCUGGGUGCCUGGAUGCAACAGGGAAAGUAGUUGGGACAGUAUACUAUGAAAUGCAAUCCAGUGUGUGCAGAGCUGGCCUACAUGCUGGUGUCAUAGAUAACGAUGGAGGAUGGAUGGAUGUAACGAGACAAGGCAGAAAGGAGUUUUUCAUCAAAUCCAACAAGAACGGAGUCCAGUCUUCAGGAAAAUACCAAAGUGCUAAUUCCUUCACAGUUGCCAGAGUUACAGUCAAAGCCAUCACAUGUGAGGCCACAGUUGCGCAACAGUGUCCUUAUCAAAGGCCUGCAAAACACUGUCCGAGGUUAUACUGCCCGAGAAGCUGCUUAGAAGAGAACCCUCACAUAUCCAGAGUAAUUGGAACCCGAAUAUACUCUGAUAAGUCCAGCAUAUGCCGGGCAGCGGUCCACGCUGGAGUCAUCAGGAACGAUGCAGGCGGUUACAUUGACGUGAUGCCAGUGGACAAACGGAAACACUACAUUGCUUCGUACCAAAAUGGCAUUUACUCAGAGAGCCUUCAAAACCCCCCUGGAGGAAAGGCGUUCCGGGUGUUCGCUGUGAUUUGAGUCCCCCCGAGGGCGGCUUCACCAAACAGAACGUGCACUUGGGCCGUUGAAUAGGCGGUAAUCAAGCCCUGUUGUCAAACUCAAUGAGUGAAAUGUUUCUGGCUUUGCUACACUCCGGGGGUUAGGGGUCGUCACCAUGACAGUGUAAACCCAGCAACAAAAAACGUGACACAUACACAAUAAGAACCCGCUUCUCCUCCCUCGCAUGGAGUUUAAGUUUGUCGUACCCGGUGGGAACGUUUUUGUUUUUUUUACAAACUGUAAAUAUCUCCGGUUUGCUACAGUAAUAUUUUGUUGUAUAUAUUUGUUAAUAAUAUUACACAUGUUUUGUCCUGGUGCCAUUGUCUUGCCUUUUUAAACAAGUAGCUCGGUAUGGAUACUGAUUAUAGAAAUCUCACGAUAUAACUUUUUAAUGGCACUUAAGGAUGAAUAUCAUUUUCAUUGUCUGGCACAUUUUUACUGGUGCUCUGGAGAGAUGUUUAUUUUUAUAUGAUUAUGCUUUUACGUUGAUGUGAUUUAUAAAGGAUGCUGCUAUAUGUUUUUUGUUUUUUUUUGUAUUUUCAUUCGUAGCACGAUGUGGUUUAGUCAACACUCCCUGCAGGUCGGGAAGUACACUCAUCCCUCAGUUGUCAUUCUCCAAAAAAAAUCCCCUAUGUCCCUAUUUUUCUCACGCAUCGCAUGCAUUACUGGAUGCCGCUUACCCCAAAAGUUGUUUUCAAGUCAUAUCCAUUCAUCUGCCUUUGAGGUUGAUAAACAGAAACAACAGUAUGCAGCAGCUUCAUUUCAUGCAGUGUACGUUGGGGAGUAACAACAAAUAUAUCCGCUCAUAUUUUCGUUUUCUUUUUUUCCAGCUCCCAGCUUUCUUUAAUCCUGCAGUCUUUAUUAUGGGCAAUUACAGUAAUUGUAUUGUUGUCUCUGUCUCUUUGUGCAUUAUAGAUAUAUAUUUUCCUACCUCAGGUUGUUAGGAAAAGUUCAUUUUGCAAUAAAAUAUUACAGCCUCCACAA